AUGAGCUUCCCUCAAGUGAUAGCAGCUUUUCACGCACUUUUUGACGUGAUUGGUCUUCCUGGUAAUUUCUUGGUCAUAGUGACGAUCGUCUUGGAAUCAAGAUUCCAUGUGAUGCGAUACAUUUUACUGGCAAGUCUCGCUUUAUCAGACUCUCUGCUGUUGGUCCUCGUCAACUCAUUGCGCAUCAAAAGUAUAGCUCAAGAAAAAUGGUUAUAUGGCCAAACCAUGUGUUACCUCAAUCCGUUCUUCGUUAGAUACUUCUACAUCAACACGGUUCUUCACUUGGUAGCAGUGUCCUAUGAUCGAUACCUAGCGAUAGUCAAGUCUCCUCUGACGUACGAUGGCACCAUCACAAAAACCAGAAUAGUUUUAUCAGGUCUCAUCUGGAUAAUCCCGAUUCCACUUUCCAUUGGUCCAUUCCUCGGUUGGAGAAAGUACGUUUACAACCCAGUGGUUUCCUUCUGUGAGCAGGAAUGGGCUGUCCAAAGUGACUCGACUGCAGGUCAUUUUAUCGUUUUAUCGACCGCGAUGCUUAUCGCACCAUUCGUGGUUAUUGUAUUCCUUAACGGGUCUGUGUACAAGGCGGCGAGAAGGCAGAUAAACGCCAUUGAAGUCCAAGUAGGAGGUCCUCAACAGCAGGAGAUCGCAUCGAGGCGACUAAGAGAUCGGAAGGCAGCUGUCGAUGUCACCAUUAUCAUCGCCACGUUUUUGCUGUGUUAUCUUCCACUCUGGAUUACAGGCAUUUGUCGCCAGUUCGUCCCAGGAAUCGAUUUUCCGGCCGAGGCAGUUCUUGCGACAAUGUGCAUUUUCUUCCUCAGCGCGGUAUGCAACCCGAUUAUUUAUUCCAUCCGCAAAAGAGAAUUCCGUAAAGCGGUGAAGAAGAUGUUGAGGAAGGUAGGAGUUUGUCAAGAUUCUAACGAAAACGACAUCUUUUGA